AGAUUGCAUGCCGCAUUAUGGCUUUCAAGUUCCAGGUUCCAGGCUCCAGGCUCCCGGCUCCCGGCUCCCUCAGAAGCACAGAAGCGUUCAAGCAUUUGCCAAGCAAUGCCAAAGUUACGAAGUCGACUACCCUAUAGCUAAUACCUACUUAGGACCAAGCUAGAAACUCAAGAAGACGGGUGACUGCAAGAAGACGUUCAACUCUUGGUGGAUUAAGGUGAAAAAGAUCGGCUCGCAGUCCGCGUCCCCGCGAAUUGCAGAACGAGAGCGCCAUUCAUUGCGCUCGGGACGAGUCGGAGGGAGUCCUGUGUGGAUCACUUUUCCAAACCAGUCGCAAGACGAGCGCGGCGCCCUGGCUGAAAUACUUGUGCAACCGCAGCAUUGCUCUUUGAGCUGAAACCUGCAUAAAAAAGACGUUUCUUGAGCUUCUUAGCACCCAAGCUGAUGGCUCUCUUGAGCCCCCACAAUCCUGAAAAAGGGAAACUCCCAGGACUCGCAUUACUCACCGUCUUUGCUGUCGGUCUCCUCAUGGGCGCCGUCAUCAGCCACACAACAUUCCCACGUGACGUUCGGAGCGUCACGCUGACGUCACCUUCGGGCUUGCUCACUUUGCAACAAACGUCCAGUGCCGCUUUGCGCCGCCCUCUUGUUGACCCACCGUUAGUCUGCCCUCCCUGCAAUUCCACUGUGUGCGCCUUGUGUCAGCCGCGCCUGCCGUGCAAUUGCGUCGGGCUCAAAGUCAGCACGUGCAUGAGCCGAGACCCGGCUCUGAUGGAGGUUCCCGGAGCGUACGGCAAAAGGCUUGGGCUUCCUGCGGCGGAACGCGUCAAUGGGCUGUUGAUUGAAGAACUUUUACCAAAGCUUCAGUUUCGCCCCGAAUACUCAUACGGGCAGAUUCAUGAUGUCGAAGGCCUUGGUCACAUCGUUCCUUGGCUAUUGGGCAAUCAAGUCGACCUGAACUCGGCUCGCAGGCGCGUUUUCAUGGACUUGGGCGCCAACCGUUUCGAAACGAGCACGGCGUGGUUCAUGCGGACGUACCCCGUUGAGUUCGAUGAGAUCCACGCCUUCGAGAUGACCACCGUCUUUAUUCCGCCGAUCGAGAAGCUCGCGCGCCUUCCCAACCCGCCCAACAUAACCGCAUACCGCGCGUUAGUGGGCAUUCGAGAUCUGCCGCCAUCCGCUUCCGGAGUGCCUGGCAUCGACAUUCUGCGUUUCAUCAAGAACGAUCUGCGGAUCAAAGAAGAGGAUACGUUCAUCCUGAAGAUGGACAUCGAGGGGGCGGAGUGGGACGUGCUGCCGCUCCUUCUCCGUGACUCCGAAGCGCUCGCGCUCAUUGACGAGCUGUUCGUCGAGGUGCACUACGGAGACCCGGCCUUGGCCCAAUGCGGCUGGAAUGAGUACUACCCCCGGACGAUAGAUGAUGCGGUGGAGCUGGUCCGUAACCUACGCAAGGCCGGCUUGCGGACGCAUUUGUGGCCGUAGAAUCAAGGGCUUAGACGUGUACCUACCUGUAAAUUCUUUUACAGACUCGGCUCGAGUUUUGAUUGUGUAAACACAUACCGUAAGGACAAAAACUAGCGUGUUUUGUCUUUGGUAUCUCAGCAGUGGACUCAAUCAUUAUAAACUGACGGUGGUACAUCUUUUGCGAAGACUCACUUCUGGAAAGACUAGGCUCCUAGGUGUUCAAAUGGACGAACGUCAACAACUCACCAUUAAGGAUACGUACAGUGUAUCUUUGCCCGUGCGGCC